UUGUUUCCAUGCCUCGUGCCCAGUCCACGACCUGCCAAUCAAGUCCAAUAUGAACGACUUCUUAAUGCACCAAAGCAGCUGAGGGGACGAGAAUAGCAUAAGAAAAGAUCGCAGGUUGGCUGCGUUUGCAGCCAGGAGAGGGGAGGGUAAGAUGCCUUCUCCAUCUUUCACCCUCGAUGCUCAGCUGAGAUUUCAUGACAAAUGGCUGAAGAUAGACUUGCAGCGAGCAUUCUCUCCAGAGGGACUGAGCGAGAUGUGGAACGAGAUGGUGAAGGAUGAAGAGAUCACAUUCAAUGGAGAAGAAUCAGCUCACCCAGAAGAUUGCACUGAUUGCUUUGGGGCUCAAAAGAAGGAUGAGUCCAACGACAAGGAGAAGAAAGAGGAGGAGGAGACGUCGUCAUCUGUCCAUCACUCCAUCAUUGAGACCUGGGACUGGGGGCGUCAACCAGAGGAAAAUGAACUGAAGGAGUGUCUCAUGGUUCUGGUUGACGACCAGCAAAAGCUCUCAGCCCAGAUGGCCAAGAGCACCCUGUCUGCUCAGCGCCUGCGCCAGCGUCUCGUCAUCCUGGAGCGCUACCUCAUUUCUCUGAGCCACAGCAUGAUGGAGGAGAAGUACAAGGUCCGCUGGAAGACCCCACCCAGCCCACCACUGCCUGCUGUGGACAAUAAGAGCCCCCGUCCGGCCAGUAAAGGUGUUGAAGGUUUGGCCAGAGUCGGCUCCAGAGCAGCUCUCUCUUUUGCCUUUGCUUUCCUGCGCCGAGCCUGGAGGUCAGGUGAUGAUGCAGAUCUUUGCAGCGAGCUUCUCCAGGAGUCUCUGGAUGCCCUGCGUGCCCUACCUGAGGCCACCCUGUUUGACGAGGGAACCGUAUCAUCAGUGUGGCUGGAGGUCGUUGAGAGGGCUACCAAGUUCCUCAGUGAUGUACAUGGAAGUGCUAGUGCCAAAGGUAACAUUCCCCUGCAGGACCAGCACUUAGCCCUGGCCAUUCUACUGGAGUUGGCAGUGCAGCGGGGCACUCUCAGUCAGCUUCUGUCUGCUGUUCUGCUGCUGCUGCGCCUGUGGGACAGCGGUACAAGAGAGAUGGACAACGAGCGGUCCACCCAGGGCACCAGUGCUCCUCUGCUCCCCCUCCUACAGCGUUUCCAAAAUAUACAUAGCAGCAAGGAGGAGCCCGUUCCUGAAGAAGAAACUGAGAUUCUCACAGCCCCUCUGAGUCCAAAUGAGAGUUUCCUGCGCUACCUGACCUUGCCACAGGAUAAUGACUUGGCCAUUGACCUGCGGCAGACAGCUGUGGUGAUCAUGGCACACCUGGACCGCUUGGCUUCUCCUUGCAGUCCUCCACACUGCAGCUCCCCCACCUCACACAAGGACCAUGGCAAUGUGCAGGGAACACUACAGGAGGUGAUUGCCUGGGGCCUGCUGGGCUGGAAGCUUUAUGCCAAUGUCAAUGGACCUAUCCAGUGUAAAGCCUUGUCUGGCCUGGGAGUCACACAAAUAGUCUGCUCGGAGAAGGGUUUCCUCAUCCUUUCCAGCAGUGGUGCUGUUUACACCCAGAACUACAAGAGCACUACUCUGGCUCCUAUGCUAGUGCAUGCUCUGAGCUCCAGAAAGAUCGUGAAGCUGGCUGCUCAUCCAGAUGGACAGCACUACUUGGCCCUGUCAUCUAAUGGAGAGGUGUUCUCCUGGGGUUGCGGUGAUGGUGGGCGCCUUGGACAUGGUGAUACCACGUAUCUAGAGGAGCCUGCCAUGAUCGCAGCCUUCAACGGGAAACAGGCAGGGAAGCAUGUGGUACACAUUGCUUGUGGGAGCACAUACAGUGCCGCCAUUACAGCUGAUGGCGAGCUCUACACCUGGGGCAGAGGCAAUUAUGGUCGCCUAGGCCAUGGCUCUAGUGAGGACCAGACCACACCCAUGUUGGUGACAGCACUGAAAGGACUAAAAGUGCUAGAUGUGGCUUGUGGGAGUGGUGAUGCACAAACACUUGCUGUGACAGAGAAUGGUCAGGUGUGGUCCUGGGGCGAUGGAGACUAUGGUAAACUGGGCCGAGGAGGCAGUGAUGGCUGCAAGACGCCCAAGCUUGUGGAGAAACUGCAAGACCUGGACAUAGUGAAGGUGUGCUGCGGCAGUCAGUUCUCUGUGGCCCUCACCAAGGACGGCCAGGUGUACACCUGGGGCAAGGGAGAUAACCAACGACUUGGCCAUGGCACUGAUGAGCAUGUCCGCUACCCCAAGUUGCUUGACAGCCUACAGGGAAAGAAAGUUGUGGACAUCGCCGUGGGUUCUACGCACUGCCUGGCCCUCACGGAUGAUGGAGAGGUGCACAGUUGGGGCAGCAAUGAUAAACUACAGCACUUUGAUACACUGUUCUCCAAUAAGAAGCAGCCCAAGGCUCUCCCAGGGCUGAACUCCAAACACAUAGUGGGCAUCUCCUGUGGCCCAGGACAGAGCUUUGCCUGGUCCUCAUGCUCAGAGUGGUCUGUUGGGCAGCGUGUGCCCUUUGUGGUCGAUGUGUGCCCCAUGACCUUUGAGCAGCUGGACCUGCUCCUCCGACAGGUCAGCGAGGGUAUGGACGGCAGCUCAGACUGGCCUCCCCCACAUGAGAAGGAGUGCAUGGUAGUAGCCACACUCAACCUGCUGAGGCUCCAGCUCCAUGCAGCAAUCAGCAACCAGGUGGAUCCAGAGGAGCUGGGAUUGGGACUUGGCAGUGUGUUGCUCAACAACUUGAAGCAAACUGUAGUAAUGCUAGCUAGCAAUGCCGGGGUGCUAAAUACUGUGCAAGCAGCUGCCCAGGCUGUCCUCCAAAGUGGCUGGUCAGUGCUGCUGCCAACUGCUGAGGAAAGGGCCAGGGCGUUAUCCUCACUCCUUCCUAAUGCAGCAUCUGGAAAUGAAAUGAGUGUCAGCCCGGGCCGCCGCUUCAUGAUCGACCUGUUGGUCAGCAGUCUAAUGGCAGACGGGGGGUUGGAAUCGGCGUUGAAUGCAGCCAUCACCGCUGAGAUCCAGGAUAUUGAAGCCAAGAAAGAGGCUCAAAAGGAGAAGGAGAUAGAUGAGCAGGAGGCCAAUGCCUCCACCAUCCACCGGUGCCGCACUAUGCUGGACAAAGACCUCAUCAACACAGGGAUCUAUGAGUCAGCUGGGAAACAGAGCCUGCCACUUGUGCAGCUUGUACAGCAACUGCUUAGGAACAUUGCUUCUCAGACCAUUGCAAGGUUGAAGGAUGUUGCUCGGCGCAUUUCCAACUGUUUAGAUGCAGAGCAGGUCAGCAAGGAGCGCUCUGCCUCUCUAGACCUGCUGCUACGCUUCCAGAGGCUGCUAGUCAGCAAGCUCUACCUGGGCGUCAAUGGCACAGAGAAUGUCAAUGGAUACAACCCUGAGCUGCUGGGUGUGGGAUCUCUGUUGAAAAAGUACAUUGCCCUGCUGUGUACUCACAUUGGAGACAUCCUCCCUGUUGCGACAAGUAUUGCCUUCACUGGUCGCCGCCACUUUGCUGAAGUCUCUCGGGUUAUUGAAGGAGAUCUAACCGGAGUGCUCUUGCCUGAGUUGGUGGUGUCCAUCGUCCUCCUGCUCACCAUUGACGCAGGUCUGAUGCAGGAGACAGGCUCAAUCCCUCUCCUGGCUGGGCUUCUGGAGCACUUGGAUCGAUUCAACCACCUUGCCCCAGGACAUGAGAGGGAUGAUAACGAGGACUUGGCUUGGCCUGGCAUCAUGGGGUCCUUCUUCACAGGGCAAAGCUCUAAAAACAAUGAGGAGGUGUCUCUCAUUCGCAAGGCUGACCUGGAGAAUCACAACAAAGAUGGUGGCUUCUGGACGGUCAUUGAUGGAAAGGUGUAUGAUAUCAAAGACUUCCAGGCUCAGUCCCAGUCUCUAACAGGAAACAGCAUUCUUGCCCAGUUUGCAGGAGAGGACCCUGUGGUUGCUUUGGAGGCUGCUUUGCAAUUUGAGGACACUAGAGAUUCUAUGCAGGCCUUCUGUGUUGGCCAGUAUAUGGAGCCUAACCAGGAGACAGUCACUACUCCAGACCUCAACAGUCUGUCCUCCCCACUUAUCGACACUGAAAGGAACCUGGGGCUUCUGCUGGGUUUGCACGCUUCCUACCUGGCCUUGAGCACGCCCCUGUCACCCAUGGAGAUAGAAUGUGCCAAAUGGCUCCAAACUUCCAUAUUCUCUGGGGGCCUGCAGACCAGUCAAAUCCACUAUAACUAUAAUGAGGAGAAGGAUGAAGACCAUUGCAGUUCCCCAGGAACAACCACUCCAGAUAAAGCCAAGCUGUACUCCGGCAAAAUAAGCCUCAGUGACCACGCACAGCCUUUCCUGCAGGCCAUUGCUGACAACAACACUCAGGACCACACUGUGAAGGAUUUCCUAUGCCAAAUAGAACGUUGCUGUAAGCAGUACCAUCUUAUAACACCCAUCACCUUCCCCCCGGAGCACCCUGUGGAGGAAGUUGGCCGACUGCUGCUUUGCUGCCUGCUCAAACAUCAAGACCUUGGUCACAUUGCUCUCUCACUUGUCAAUCAAUGUGCCUUGGGUGUGGACCAAGGGAAGCAGAGGUCCCUCCCUAAAUCUGUGAUUGAUGUGUGCCGUAUGGUGUACCAGGCAAAGUGUUCUUUAAUCAAGACACAUCAGGAGCAAGGUCGCUCUUACAAGGAGGUGUGUGCCCCCGUUAUUGAGCGCCUGCGUUUCUUGUUCAAUGAACUCCGUCCAGCUGUUAGCAACGACCUGUCUAUAGUGUCUAAGCUGAAGCUGCUGAGCUCUCAGCCACGCUGGAAGAGGAUCACCCAAAAACUCAUCAGGGACCGCAGGAAAAAAAGAGUGCCUAAGAAGUCGGAGUCUGCCGACGUAGAAGAGCCAAAGCUGGAGAAUGAAGGGACCAAUGAGGAGGAACUUAACGUCCCCAUCAGCCCCACACCUGCUGACAGGAAAUCACCCACCAGCAAGUCGCCUAAGCAGGACAAGUGGCAGCCACUUCUGAACACUGUUGCCAAUGUGCAGAAAUACAGGUGGCUGAAACACAGUGUUCAAGGUGGCUUUUCUCAGUCUAGCCUUAUGGCCACCAUAGUGGAGUUUGCCUUGAAAGAAGAGCCUCUAGAUGUUGAGAAGAUGAGGAAGUGUCUUCUAAAACAGCUGGAGAGGGCUGAGGUGAGGCUGGAGGGCAUCGACACCAUGCUGAAGCUGGCUUCCAAAAACUUCCUGCUGCCGUCCGUGCAAUAUGCAAUGCUCUGUGGCUGGCAGAGGGUCAUACCAGAAGGGACCAACAUUGGAGAGCCCCUGUCUGACUGCCUGAAGGACGUGGAUCUGAUCCCUCCCUUCAACCGCAUGCUUUUGGAGGUGACCUUCGGCAAGUUAUAUUCCUGGGCCAUCCAGAACGUUCGCAACAUCCUGCUUGAGGCCACCGCCCGGUUUAAAGAGCUUGGUGUGCAGCCUGUUCCCUUGCAGACCAUCACCAAUGAGAACCCAGCAGGACCAAGCCUUGGCACCAUUCCACAAGCCCGCUUCCUCCUGGCCAUGAUACAUAUGCUGUCCCUAAAGCAUGGGGCCAACAGCCUCAGUUUGCUGUUGAACUCUGGCAUGCUGGCCCUCACACAGAGUAUCCUUAGGCUCAUCGGUCCCAGCACAGAUAGCAGUGAAGAAGACCUCAGUUUGUGUGCACACGGAGGCUCAGCUACAGUCCUGGAAGAGUCAAGAAAAGAAGCUGCUCCUGCUCCCCUUCCUGCCUCUGGUCCAGAGUUGGCUGCCAUGAUGAAGAUUGGCACCAGAGUCAUGAGGGGACUCGACUGGAAAUGGGGAGAUCAGGACGGCCCAGCACCAGGUCUUGGCCGUGUCAUUGGGGAGCUGGGUGAGGAUGGCUGGAUCAGGGUCCAGUGGGAUACCAGCAGCACCAACUCAUACAGGAUGGGCAAAGAGGGCAAGUAUGACCUUAAACUUGCAGAGCCACCACCAGCUGCUCAGCCCGCCACUGAAGACUCAGACACAGAGGACGACACAGAAGGGGAGCUGAUGGAGAAGAGCAGCCAUCCUACAGCCAUGAUGCUGACCAGCACAGUCAACCUGCUGAAGACUCUGUCUCUGUCAGCUGGGAUCUUUGCAGAGGUGUUGCAGACAGAUGCUACGCGGACCCUCUGUGGGUUACUGAGGAUGCUAGUCGAAAGUGGAGCCAAUGACAAGUCAGGCUGCCCCUCCCACAGGUUGGUGUCUCGGGAGCAGCACAGGAGCUGGUGCACAUUGGGUUUCAUACGCAGCAUUGCUCUGAUGCCCCAAAUGUGCAGCACCCUCAGCACCUCUGCAUGGAUCAGUCUGCUCAUCCGGAUUGUUGAGGGAAACCAGUCCUUCAAUGCCAUCACUCUACAGAGACAGAUCCUGGCCCUGCGUCUCCUGCAGGCAGUGCUGCCAUCAUGGGACAAGAUGGAGCGCUCUCAGGACAUGAAAUUCUUGGUGGAGAAGUUGUUUGGCUUCCUGGGCAGCCUGCUGAGCACUUGCUCUUCAGACUUGCCACUUCUCAGAGAGGGUUCCCUGCGAAGGAGGAAGUCCCGCCCUCAGGCCUCUCUUACAGCCACUCACAGCAGCACGUUGGCUGAGGAGAUUGUUGCUGUCCUGCGCACUCUACACUCACUGAGCCAGUGGAAUGGACUGAUAAAUGAGUACAUCAACACUCAGCUCAGCUCCAUUGGAGAUGUCAUGGCAGGCCGCUACUCUGAAGCAUGUGUCCUAGAGGAGUAUUUUCCUGAUUCUGAGGGCCCCAGGGUAGGCAGUCUGAUGGCUGUGCUGGCAGUGAUUGGGGGAAUUGACGGGCGGCUCAGGCUGGGAGGCCAGGUCAUUCAUGAGGAGUAUGGAGAGGGAACAGUCACCCGCAUCACCCCAAAAGGGCGCAUCACCGUCCAGUUUCAUGAGAUGAGGACCUGCAGGGUUUGCUUGCUCAGCCAACUCAAACCACUGCCAGUAGUUUCCUUCAGUGUGCAGAACCUGCCCUUCACAGAUCCCAUGUUAGCAGUUUGGGCCCAGCUAGUCAACCUAGCUGGCAGCAAGCUGGAGAAACAACGCAUGAAGAAGUCCCUUAGCCGAGGGCUCACAGCUGACCAGGUGGACAUCCACUUGCUGCGGUGCCAGCAGCUGAGGCUAUAUAUCCUAAAGGCAGCAAGGGCCUUGCUCUCUCACCAGGACAAACUCAGGCAGAUCCUCUCGCAGCCGGCAGUUGUGGACAUUGGACCCAAUCCCAGUGAGGAUCCAGUGGUGUCAUCUCCUGAUGUGGGAGACUUGUCCCCGGAGGGUCCCCUGCCCCCACUGAUCCUCUUGCAGCAGCUGCUGUCUGCUGCCACUCAGCCCUCUCCCAUCAAGGCCAUUUUUGACAGGCAGGAACUGGAGGCUGCAGCUCUGGCAGUAUGUCAGUACCUGGCUGUGGAGUCCACCCACCCUUCCUCUCCGCUGUUUGAAGAGAGCAGCUCCAGCGAAGCCACCACUCCUGUCACCGUGCAGCAUGUCAGACCACCCAAACAGAAAAAGCAGAAGGCUUCCCCGGUCCCUCCUCUGCCCAUAGUCCUCCAGCUGAUGGAGAUGGGCUUCCAGAGGAAAAACAUUGAGUUUGCCCUGAAGUCCCUGUCUGGAACUACAGGCAGCGCCUCUGGUGUCCCAGGUGUGGAGGCUCUGGUUGGCUGGCUGCUGGACCAUCCAGACAUUCACGUCACAGAGCUGUCAGAUGCUGACACUGUGUCAGAUGAAUACUCUGAUGAGGAGGUGCUGGAGGAGCUAGAGGAGGCAGAGCCUACCUUCCCUGUGCCUCCGGGAGCAGUGGUUACAGAAAGCCAGACAUUUAAGAAGAGAUCAGAUUUCCAAAGCAAUGAUGAUUAUGCCGUGUAUGUGAGAGAGAACAUACAGGUGGGGAUGAUGGUGAAGUGCUGUAGAACGUAUGAGGAAGUGUACGAUGGCGAUGUUGGUAAGGUGAUUAAACUGGACAGAGAUGGACUUCAUGAUUUGAAUGUGCAGUGUGACUGGCAGCAAAAAGGAGGGACCUACUGGGUCCGCUACAUCCACACAGAGCUACUUGGAUUCCCACCACAAAGUUCUCCAUCACACAUAAAGAUUGGUGACAAAGUGAGAGUGAAGCCCACAGUCACAACACCAAAGUACAAAUGGGGCUCUGUCACUCACAGGAGUGUUGGAGUUGUAAAAGCUUUCAGUGCCAAUGGAAAGGAUGUGAUAGUAGACUUCCCCCAGCAGUCCCACUGGACUGGCCUGCUGUCUGAGAUGGAGCUGGUGCCCAGUGUUCACCCUGGAGUCAGGUGUGAUGGCUGUCAGAUGUUCCCUAUAAAUGGCCCUAGGUUCAAAUGCAGGAACUGUGAUGACUUUGACUUCUGUGAGAACUGCUUCAAGACUCGUAAACACAACACCAGGCAUUCCUUUGGAAGAAUCAAUGAACCAGGCCAGUCUCCAGCGUUCUGUGGGCGUUCAGGAAAGCAGCUGAAGAAGCAUCACAGCAGCCAGCGUGGGAUGCUGAUAGACGAGUGGUCUCGUGCCGUCAAGAGCCUCAAUGUCUCGUCCUCAGUGAACCAGGCCUCACGCCUCAUAGACUGCAGUGACCAGUGCUGGCAGUCCUCUGGCUCCCAGGGGAAGCAUUGGAUUCGUCUUGAGCUCUUCCCAGAUGUUCUGGUUCACAGGCUGAAAAUGAUUGUAGACCCAGCUGACAGCAGCUACAUGCCCUCACUGGUGGUGGUGUCAGGUGGAAGCUCACUGAACAACUUGAUUGAGCUGAAGACAAUUAACAUCAAUCCCACAGACACCACCGUCCCUCUUCUCAGUGACUGUUCUGAGUAUCACAGAUACAUUGAAAUUGCCAUCAAGCAGUGUCGCAGCUCUGGUAUCGACUGCAAGAUUCACGGACUUGGCAUUGUGGGGCGUAUUAGAGCGGAGGAUGAAGACUUGGCCACAGUUCCUUUCCUGGCAUCUGACAAUGAGGAAGAGGAUGAUGACAAAACUGCCACUGGGAGUCUUGCUCGGAAGAAGUCGUCAGGGUUGGAGUCUGCGGCCACCAUCAGGACCAAAGUGUUUGUCUGGGGGCUGAAUGACAAGGACCAGCUGGGAGGACUCAAGGGGUCUAAGAUCAAGGUGCCUUCCUUCUCUGAAACCCUCUCUGCACUCAAUGUGGUGCAAGUAGCUGGUGGUUCAAAAAGCCUUUUUGCAGUGACAGUAGAGGGGAAGGUGUAUGCAUGCGGAGAGGCCACAAACGGCAGGUUAGGCCUAGGCCUGUCAAGUGGGACCAUCCCCAUCCCCCGGCAAAUCACUGCUCUCAGUAACUACGUGGUGAAGAAGGUUGCUGUACACUCUGGAGGGCGCCAUGCCAUGGCCUUGACUGUGGACGGGAAGGUGUUUUCCUGGGGCGAGGGAGAUGAUGGCAAACUCGGACAUUUCAGCAGAAUGAACUGUGACAAGCCUCGGCUGAUUGAGGCACUGAAGACCAAACGCAUCCGCGACAUUGCCUGUGGCAGCUCUCACAGUGCAGCAAUCACCUCCAGUGGGGAGCUGUACAGUUGGGGUCUAGGGGAGUACGGACGCCUCGGACAUGGAGACAACACUACUCAGCUCAGGCCUAAACUGGUGAAGGUGCUUCUGGGGCAUCGUGUUAUCCAGGUGGCUUGUGGGAGUCGGGACGCUCAGACGCUAGCUCUCACUGAUGAAGGGUUGGUGUUUUCCUGGGGUGAUGGGGAUUUUGGCAAGCUCGGUCGGGGGGGCAGUGAGGGCUGCAACAUUCCUCAAAACAUAGAACGGCUCAAUGGGCAGGGUGUUUGCCAAAUUGAGUGUGGUGCACAGUUCUCCUUGGCUCUCACCAAGUCUGGAGUGGUAUGGACCUGGGGCAAAGGUGACUAUUUCCGUCUGGGACAUGGCACUGAUGUCCACGUGCGUAAACCUCAGAUGGUGGAGGGACUGAGGGGCAAAAAGAUCGUCCAUGUGGCUGUCGGAGCGUUGCACUGUCUGGCUGUCACAGAAACAGGACAGGUGUAUGCGUGGGGUGACAAUGACCAUGGACAGCAGGGGAACGGCACGACCACGGUGAACAGAAAGCCGACUCUGGUACAGGGUCUGGAGGGCCAGAAAAUCACUCGUGUGGCAUGUGGCUCCUCCCACAGCGUGGCCUGGACCACUGUGGAUGUGACCACACCUUCAGUUCAUGAGCCAGUCCUUUUCCAGACGGCCAGGGACUCUCUUGGAGCAUCCUAUUUGGGCGUCCAGUCAGACAGUGACUCAUCCUCUGUGAGCAACAAAAUGAGCGGGCAGAGCAGCGUGAAGCCAAACCGGCCCUCGCUGGCCAAAAUUCUCCUCUCUCUGGACGGCAACCUGGCCAAACAGCAGGCCCUGUCUCAUGUGCUCUCGGCCCUGCAAAUUAUGUAUGCUAGAGAUACAGUGGUUGGUGCUCUGAUGCCAGCAUGUAUGAUGCUGCCGGUGGAGUGUCCGUCCAGCUCACCUGUUCCCCCUUCAGACACUUCCUCCUCAUCAAGUGUGAGUGAUGAAGAAGGCCCCCCUGGCCCCCCUGAAAUAGAGGAGCGGGUCAGCCCUAAUCCCUGGCAAGACAAGAAGGGAGAGGUCACCUCCUCAGAAGAUGCUGUCACCCCAUCAUCAGCAGUUACUCCUUCUGCCUCUGGAGCGUCCUCACGUCCUUUCAUCCCGGUCACAGAUGACCCUGGAGCAGCCAGCAUCAUUGCUGAGACCAUGACCAAGACCAAAGAGGACUCCGAGAGCCAGAAUAAAGUAGUGGGCCCAGAGCCUCAGUACUUGGAUGAGUUCACCAGUCUGCUGGUACCUGAUGACACGCGGGUGAUGGUGGACCUGCUCAAACUGGCCGUGUCUCUUCGCUCUGGAGAGAAGGGCAAGGAGGUGCUCUCUGCUGUGCUGUCUGGCAUGGGCACGGCUUAUCCACAGGUUGCUGACAUGCUCCUAGAGUUGUGUGUCACUGAAUUGGAGGACGUGGCCACAGACUCCCAGAGUGGCCGUCUGUCUUCCCAGCCUGUGGUGGUGGAGAGCAGCCACCCGUACACAGAUGACACCUCUACCAGCGGCACCGUCAAGAUCCCAGGUGCAGAAGGUCUGAGGGUGGAGUUUGACCGGCAGUGUUCCACUGAGAGACGCCAUGAUCCCUUAACAAUCAUGGAUGGAGCCAAUAGGAUUGUCUCUGUUAGAUCAGGUCGGGAGUGGUCUGACUGGUCCAGUGAAUUAAGGAUCCCAGGGGAUGAACUCAAAUGGAAGUUCACUAGUGAUGGGUCGGUCAAUGGCUGGGGCUGGCGCUUCACUGUCUAUCCCAUCAUGCCCGCUGCUGGUCCCAAAGACUUGUUGUCUGAUCGCUGCAUCCUCUCCUGCCCCUCCAUGGAUUUGGUCACGUGUCUGCUGGACUUCAGGCUCAACUUUGCUUCCAAUAGGAGCAUCGUACCCCGUUUGGCUGCCUCACUUGCUGCUUGUGCUCAGCUUAGUGCACUGGCCGCUGGACAUAGAAUGUGGGCUCUACAGAGACUGCGUAAGCUCCUGACCACUGAGUAUGGCCAGUCCAUCAACAUAAACAGGCUGCUAGGGGACACUGAAGGCGAGGCUCGCUCAAUGAGUUUCACUGGCAGUGCGCUGGCUGCGCUAGUGAAAGGGCUACCAGAAGCUCUGCAGAGGCAGUAUGAGUACGAGGACCCCAUUGUCAGGGGAGGGAAGCAGCUCCUCCACAGUCCAUUUUUCAAGGUGUUGGUUGCUCUUGCUUGCGACCUUGAAUUGGACACUUUACCCUGCUGUGCUGAAACCCAUAAGUGGGCAUGGUUCCGCCGGUAUUGCACUGCCUCCAGAGUUGCUGUAGCUCUGGACAAGAGAACCCCUCUACCAAGACCAUUCCUUGAUGAGGUUACCAAGAAAAUUCGUGAGCUGAUGGCUGAGCAUGAGAGCAUGAAUGGGCUUCACGAGAGUCACGACUUAUUCAAGCGUGAGCAGGACGAACAGCUUGUGCAGUGGAUGAACCGGCGGCCAGACGACUGGACUCUCUCUGCUGGAGGGAGUGGGACCAUCUAUGGCUGGGGCCACAACCACAGAGGUCAACUUGGGGGCAUCGAGGGGGCAAAAGUUAAAGUGCCUACCCCAACCGAAGCCCUCGCCACGCUGCGCCCCGUCCAGCUUAUUGGAGGGGAGCAGACUUUAUUCGCUGUCACUGCGGAUGGAAAGCUGUAUGCUACAGGAUAUGGAGCUGGGGGCAGGUUGGGGAUUGGUGGCACUGAGUCAGUGUCCACCCCCACUCUGCUGGAAUCCAUCCAACAUGUCUUCAUCAGGAAAGUGGCUGUGAAUUCUGGAGGAAAGCAUUGCCUGGCUCUAUCAUCUGAGGGAGAAGUCUACUCAUGGGGAGAGGCGGAGGAUGGAAAACUAGGCCAUGGGAAUAGGAGUCCCUGUGACCGCCCUCGAGUGAUUGAGUCCCUGAGGGGGGUGGAGGUGGUGGAUAUUGCGGCUGGAGGAGCACACAGCGCCUGCAUUACAGCCAGUGGAGAGCUUUACACCUGGGGCAAAGGUCGCUAUGGCCGACUGGGCCAUGGAGACAGCGAGGACCAGCUCAAACCCAAACUGGUUGAUGCACUGCAGGGUCACAGGGUCAUUGAUGUAGCCUGCGGCAGUGGGGAUGCCCAGACUCUGUGUCUAACAGAUGAUGACAUGGUCUGGUCCUGGGGAGAUGGGGACUAUGGCAAACUAGGCCGGGGAGGAAGUGAUGGCUGCAAAGUACCCAUGAAGAUUGACUCUCUCACUGGCCUGGGUGUGGUCAAGGUGGAGUGUGGCUCACAGUUCUCUGUGGCUCUCACCAAGUCUGGAGCAGUGUACACAUGGGGUAAAGGUGAUUACCAUCGGCUGGGCCAUGGAUCUGAUGACCAUGUUCGCCGACCCAGACAGGUCCAGGGGCUACAGGGGAAAAAGGUCAUUGCCAUUGCGACUGGGUCACUCCACUGUGUGUGCUGCACAGAGGAUGGAGAAGUGUACACAUGGGGUGACAAUGAUGAGGGCCAGCUCGGAGACGGGACCACCAAUGCCAUCCAGAGGCCUCGUCUGGUGGCUGCGCUGCAGGGCAAGAAGAUCAACAGGGUGGCCUGUGGCUCUGCUCACACCCUCGCUUGGUCCACUAGCAAGCCCACCAAUGCUGGAAAACUACCUGCACAGGUGCCCAUGGAGUACAACCACCUGCAGGAGAUUCCCAUCAUGGCCUUGAGGAAUAGGCUGCUCCUGCUGCAUCACAUCUCAGAACUCUUCUGCCCCUGUAUACCCAUGUUUGACCUGGAGGGUAGGCUGGGCCAGACAGGACACGGUCCCUCAGUGGGCUUUGACACACUCAGGGGCAUCCUCAUCUCCCAGGGCAAGGAAGCUGCUUUCCGGAAGGUAGUUCAAGCUACAAUGGUAAGAGACAGACAGCAUGGACCCGUGGUGGAGCUCAAUCGGAUCCAGGUGAAGCGUUCUCGUAGCAAAGGGGGCCUGGCAGGACCUGACGGAACAAAGUCUGUAUUUGGUCAGAUGUGUGCCAAAAUGAGUUCAUUCAGCCCAGACAGCCUGCUACUCCCUCAUCGGGUCUGGAAGGUCAAAUUUGUGGGGGAGUCGGUGGAUGAUUGCGGUGGAGGCUACAGCGAGUCCAUCGCUGAAAUGUGUGAGGAGCUGCAGAACGGUCUGACCCCACUCCUCAUCGUCACCCCCAAUGGCCGUGACGAGUCAGGUGCCAACAGGGACUGUUUCCUGCUCAACCCCGCAGCCAAGUCAUCUCUUCACAUGAGCAUGUUCCGCUUUCUAGGAGUUCUGCUGGGUAUUGCCAUCCGUACUGGCAGCCCCCUCAGCCUGAAUCUGGCUGAGCCAGUAUGGAAACAGCUGGCAGGCAUGAACCUGACCAUUGCUGACCUCAGUGAGGUUGAUAAGGAUUUUAUCCCUGGUUUGAUGUACAUCCGGGACAACGAGGCCACAGCUGAGGAGUUUGAGGCCAUGACGCUGCCUUUCACAGUGCCCAAUGCUAGCGGCCAGGACAUCCAGCUCAGCUCUAAGUACUCCCACAUCACUCUGGAGAACCGCGCAGAAUACGUUCGCCUAGCAAUAAACUACAGGCUCCAUGAGUUUGAUGAACAGGUGUCUGCAGUGCGGGAGGGAAUGGCCCGAGUGGUUCCUGUCCCUCUGCUCUCCCUCUUCACUGGUUACGAACUGGAAACCAUGGUGUGUGGAAGCCCAGACAUCCCUCUCCACCUGCUGAAGUCCGUGGCUACUUACAAGGGAGUGGAGCCCACGGCGCCACUCAUCCAGUGGUUCUGGGAGGUAAUGGAGUCCUUCUCCAACACGGAGAGGUCUCUCUUCCUCAGAUUCGUCUGGGGUCGCACACGUCUGCCCCGAACCAUCGCUGACUUCCGUGGUCGAGAUUUUGUUGUGCAGGUGCUGGAUAAGUACAACCCCCCAGACCACUUCCUCCCGGAGUCCUACACAUGUUUCUUCCUACUGAAGUUGCCCAGAUACUCCUGUAAGCAGGUGCUGGAAGAGAAACUGAAAUAUGCCAUCCACUUCUGCAAGUCUAUCGACACCGACGACUACGCCCGCAUCGCCCUGUCUGGGGAGCCAGCUGCUGACGACAGCAGUGAAGACUCCGAUAACGAGGAUGCAGACUCCUUUGCUUCAGACUCUACCCAGGACUAUUUAACAGGGCACUGAACUCUGACCCUCCCGCUCCGGGUUGGGUUCCAGUGAACGAACUGCCACUUAAAGACUGUGUUAACCUCACCUAUUAAUACACUCAUUCACACAAGCAUUCUACUAAGAAAAAAAAAAAAACUUAUGUGGGGAAAAAAUGUGCAAUGAGCUUUGUAAGCAUUAUAAGCUGGAGAGGAAACAUAGGUUUGCUCUUAUGUAGUUUCAUUGACAAGGUGUGGUGAUGAACUGCACAUGUGAUUGUUGUGUUUUCAAGAAAAUUAUGUAUAUUACAGUUACAGAGUAUAAAAAAGGCUCCAGCCUAGCACUGUGGUAGAUUUCUCCCUUUGGUUUGUGUGAAUUACCUGUCCUUAGUUUGUAUAUAGAAGUUGAUGUGCGACAAAAGAGUAGUAUACUGUUUUCUUUCUUGGUAAUAGCGAUGUUUCUUUAUAUGAACAUUUUUAACUUAAAAAAAAAAAAAUAAGUCAGUGUUUCUCACUUGGCUCAUGUCAAUCAAAAUCCACUGAAGGUCA